CUAUUGUAUGAGAUAUAGCUAUUUCAAAACUAUUGUCAGUCAUAUAAUGACCAAAAAGCCCAAGUAUUAUUCUUUAGAGUUUGGUGACCUAGGGCGUGGAGCGCAAUUAGGUUGAUAGGAUUUAUGGGGAGCAAUGGCCUAAUUUGGAGUAUUUGGGAAUAGGUUAUGUAACCGCCGAGAACUAUGCAUUUUCAUUGGCUCAAAUUCUCCACCUACAACUGUAUGGCCCCUGCCAACCAAUAGACGCCAGUUUAUACUUUAUGCAAAUAAAUGAUAUCACUUUUCUUCAUCUUUUAACAUGAGCUUAACCGAAGACAAUCCUCUUCCUUCAAGCGUCAUUAUAGUUAAUGAGUCUACGCCACUUAUUUCUCAUGAGCAACAGUUAGCCGCCGGUCAAUUGCAUACAGAUACUUCUUUCAGUCUCUCUCAUUGCUUAUCUUUUAGUCGAGACGAGCGUGCUCGAGAACAACAAAUCAUAGGACUUGGAUCACUCGUCAUGUCUUCGUUCUUGUUUGCAGGUGUAUCUGUUAUAGUCAAAUGGCUAAAUGCAGCUCAUUAUCCUAGCUUUCAAAUUGUACUCGCACGUGCUUGUGUCCAGCUACCUUUAGGCUUGUUAGGUUGUCUUUUUACUUGGGUGAAUCCAUUUGGCAAGAAAGGAAUACGACGAUGGAUCUUUUUUCGAGCAUUGGCAAGUUCAGUUGCCUUGAUUCUUUUUUUUCACAGUCUGACCCAGUUGCCUCUUCUUGAUGCUACAGUUAUCUUCUUUGUUGGUCCAGUAUUUAAAGUGAUUAUUGCUUGCAUUGUUUUCAACGAGAGAUUCUCAACCCUUGAUGUGGUUUACAUUCUUAUAUGCUUUGGAGGUCUUUUGUUAGUCGGCAAAUCGAGUUCCAUGACUAAGGCAGAUGAAUACGAGAGGUCAUUUGCUGUUUCAUGUGCAUUAGCAGCGUCUUUGAUGUCUGCUAUGGCUUACAUGACAGUCAAAAAAGUAGGCCAAGGAACGCAUUUGAUGGUGCAUGUUGUGUAUUUUGGAUGGGUGACAAUCUUGUUAUGUUUGCCUGUAGUUUUGUUUGGAUUACAAGACUUUAAAGCGCCUGUUCAGAUUACUGGGCGUGAGUUUGUAUGGAUGGCAGGAAUUGGUUUAUUAGCUUUCUUUGGACAGUCUUUUAUCAAUAUGGGAUUGAAAAAGGCGCCCAUGGGACCAGUGACAGUCAUGCGUACUGGUGAUAUCUUGUUUGCAUUCUUAUUUGGUGUUGGAUUAUUUAAAGAAAUACCUGGAGUUUACACUAUUCUUGGCACACUUAUCAUUGUCUGUAUGACAACUUGCUUAAGCAUGUAUCGUUGGCAUCGACAAGAACUAAAAGCAGCUGAAAUUCGUCGGCGUAAAUUAAGAGAUAGACUUGUACAAAGACGCCAAGAAGAAUAAUACCCCCCCUAUUACUUAUAUUUUUUAUACAUAAAGUUUUUUAUUUUAAUAUACUGGGUUCACCAGGAAUCCAUUUACGAAGAGGUAAAGGCAAAUUGACUGUACCAUCAGGUGUUUGGUGUGUUUCCAAGAGAGCAAUGAUGGUACGAGGUACUGCCAUAGCAGUGCCAUUGAGUG